AGAUGUUUGUUUUAAAAACAAAACUCAGAAGCUAAUUGCUAUAAAUUGACGCCGUUCGACUUCAGUUCGGAACGAGAAACUGAUCGAAGCGGUUGUGUUCGUAAGAGUAGUGAUCCAUCGUCAAGACGAAAAUGUACCACCGCCUGCUGAUAUUGACGCUAGCGGCCGCUGUUUUCAGUGUCGCUCUUAGUGCCACUGUACCAAGCGGACCAAAUCGCAAACUGGACAUCCCCGCCUUCAAGACUGCUGGCCAAACGAAGGGUGUAGAAAUUUGGCGUGUAGAAAACUUCAAACCGGUGGCAGUACCGAAAGCAGAAUACGGAAAAUUCUACACCGGUGAUUCAUACAUCGUUCUCAACACAGUUGAGGACAAAAACAAAAAGAAAUCCUAUGACGCCCACUUCUGGUUGGGAUUGAAAACCACUCAGGACGAGGCCGGUGCCGCUGCUAUCCUCACCGUACAGCUGGACGAUCUGCUGAGCGGAGUACCCGUGCAGCACCGUGAGGUUGAAGGUUCCGAAUCAGACCUGUUUCUCAGCUACUUCAAGGGAGGCGUACGCUAUUUGGAAGGUGGUGUCGCUUCCGGAUUCAAGCACGUGGAAACCAAUGCCGCUAAACCAAAACGUCUCUUCCAAAUCAAGGGAAACAAAAAUAUUCGCGUUCGCCAGGUCGAAUUGGCCGUAUCUGCUAUGAAUAAGGGCGAUUGUUUCAUCCUGGAUGCUGACCGAGAUAUUUACGUGUACGUCGGUCCUAAAGCCAAUCGCAUUGAAAAGCUUAAAGCAAUCAACGUUGCCAACGAUAUCCGCGAUCAAGAUCAUGCUGGACGGGCCAAGGUUCAUACCAUUGAUGAAUUUAGCUCGCCAACCGAUCAAGAGAAUUUCUUCAAUGUCCUUGGAUCAGGAUCGCCAAAUCUUGUGCCGGAACAAUCGGCUGCCAAAGAAGACGCAGCUUUCGAAAAAGCCGACGCGGCCAGUGUUUCCCUGUACAAAGUCACCGAUUCUAAGGGCGGAAAACUUGCUGUCGAACAAAUCAAUCAGAAACCAUUGAAGCAGGAGAUGUUGAAACCGGAAGAUUCCUUCAUUCUGGACACCGGUUCUGGUUUGUACGUUUGGAUCGGCAAAGGUGCAACCCAACAGGAAAAAACACAGGCCUUGGUAAAAGCACAGGAAUUUAUCAAAACCAAAAAGUAUCCAGCAUGGACACCGGUAGAGCGCAUUGUCCAAAACGCAGAGACAGCUCCGUUCAAACAUUUCUUCCAGACAUGGCGGGACGCAGGAUCGACCGGAUCGAGACUAGUCUAGAAGAACGACGAGAUGGAAGUUGUUGGACAUGUAGACUGCGAUUGUUGUAGUUAGUAUCGAAUUUGUACUUGAUCAUAUCGGGUAAUAAAGUUUUCUACACCAGAGGCACUGGCACUUUCCCGA